AUGGGCGCUGCGCGGCUCUUUGACGAGGGCACCCCCCUGGGCAGCGGCGGCGAGGGCGAGGUGCGGCGAGUCGAGCUACUGGGCCACCACUACGCUCUGAAGCGCGAGCUGGGUGGUCUCGUAUCAAACGAGGCUUAUGCAGACGCCAUCAGCGGCCCUUGGGUGCAGAAGUGCAUCACCUGCGGCUUUGGCAUGAACCCUGAAGCGCGCUACACGCUUUACGAGCUGGCGCCCGGCAGCCUGACAGACGCACUGAAGGGGCACGCCUUGGCCGCCGCCGCCGCCGCCGCUGACAAGGAGGUUGGUGUCAGCGGCCCGCAGGCCGUGGCGGGCAGCCCGUCAGCCAAGCCAUCCCAUCGUGCGGCGUCGCCGAAUGCCAAGUCCAAGGUGCCCCAGGCGGCCCAGGCUAAGGCCGCGCCGCUUAAGCGGCUGUUCAACGCCGUCUUCAGGCGCGGCAAGAAGGAUUUUGAGGCGCCCCCGUCGUCGCCGCCGCCGCCGCCGCCGCAGCAGCAGCAGGAACAGCAGGCGGCCACGCCCUACCUGCCCAUCCCCGCCGCCAAGGCCCUCGCCGCAGAGCUCAUCAUCGCCGUCGGCACCGUCCACGCCGCCGGCAUCGUGCACCGCGACAUCAAGCCCGACAACCUGCUGGUGGCGGCGGACGGCCACCUGAGGCUCUGCGACUUUGGCUGCGCCGCGCCGGCCUCGGAGCCCGCGCUGGGCGAGAGCGGCACGCAGUUCUUCAUGGCGCCAGAGCACUUUAUCCGUUCGUGCAUCUUGGACAUCGCAGUGCAGCUGGGCUUCCAGUUUGACAGCCGCCCCGGCGACGUGUGGGCCAUGGGCGUGACCCUGGCGGCGAUGCUGCUGCCACUGCCCGAGGUCACCGCUGCGCUGGCCGCCGCGCGCGCCGGCAAGAAGUGGGCGCCCGCGCCCGGCUCCGCCGCCGCGGCGCUGCCGGCCGAGCUGCGGGACCUGCUGUUCCGCGGCAUGCUGGCGCGGCGGCCGCGGCAGCGGCUGACGGUGGCGCAGCUCAAGGGCCACGCGUUCUUCGCCGGCGUCGACUGGGCGGCCGUGGAGGCGCGCGCGGCGCCGCUGCCCAUCGACCUGGUGGCGCUGGCGCGGCGCGGCCGCGAGGCCGCCGCGGCGGCCGCCGCCGCCGCGCCCAGCCCGGCGGCCGCCGUUCCCGUCGCCUGCGCGUGA